CUCUCCUUUAUCUCUCUCCACCACUUAAUUGGCUUCCCCAGUUCUCUUUUCGUUCAUCAGUUCAAAACCAUUGCGCCUCAAAUGGAAGUGAAUGUGCCGAGAAUCAAGUUGGGUUCGCAGGGCCUUGAGGUGUCGAAACAAGGCUUGGGGUGUUUGGGCAUGUCAACCAGUUACGCCCCGCGAAAGCCGGAGCCCGAAAUGAUCGAACUCAUUCACCACGCUAUCAACUCCGGCGUCACAUUUCUCGACACCUCAGACCUCUAUGGUCCCCAUACCAAUGAGAUUCUCAUCGGCAAGGCUAUGAAAGGAGGCAUGAGAGAAAAAGUGCAAAUAGCUACCAAGUUUGGGGUAAUACUGAAGGAUGGAAAGAUGGAAGUACAUGGCGAACCAGCAUAUGUGAGGGCUGCAUGUGAGGGAAGCUUGAAGCGCCUUGAUGUUGACUGCAUUGAUCUCUAUUAUGUUCAUCGGAUUGACACUCGUGUGCCCAUUGAAGUCACGAUGGGAGAACUGAAGAAAUUGGUUGAAGAAGGGAAAAUAAAGUAUGUUGGCCUCUCGGAGCCCUCUGUUUCAACACUCAGAAGGGCUCACGCUGUUCAUCCUAUAACUGCUAUUCAGAUUGAAUGGUCAUUGUGGGCAAGAGAUGUGGAAGAAGAACUAAUUCCUGCAUGCAGGGAACUUGGUAUUGGGAUCGUUCCAUACAGUCCACUUGGUAAGGGUUUCCUUUCAUCAGGUCCCAAGUUGAUACAGAAUUUGGAAGAGAGUGACUAUCGUAAGGUUUUCCCAAGGUUCCAGCCUGAACAUGUUGAAAAUAACAAGGCGGUAUAUGAACGGAUUAGCGGAAUGGCUGCAAGAAAAGGCUGCACCCCAUCUCAACUAUCAUUGGCUUGGGUUCAUCACCAAGGAGAUGAUGUGUCCCCCAUACCUGGUACCACCAAGGUUGAACACUUCAAUGAAAAUAUUGGAGCUUUAUCUGUGAAGUUAACACAAGAAGAGAUGACUGAACUCGGUGAUUUGGCUGCUGCUGUUAAGGGAGAGAGAAAUGUUUUCAUGAAAAGCACAUGGAAAUACGCAGACACGCCGCUGGUUUAUGAGCCAAAUCAGCCAAUUCUAUCUUAUGAGCGUGUAUGAGCUCUAUCUGUGGUACGCAUCAGAACACCUGCCCGAGUCUAUAUUGAAGGCUACAUUACAAUGGAGUAAAUCCUGCAGUACUCAAGUAAUAGACAAUUUAUACCUGCUCUGAACUACUAAAUGUGUGUUUCUACUCCUAUUCUCUAUUAUCAAAGGUGUGCUACUGAUUGCUUAAAAAGUAACUGAUGAAAUUAGCAUAUGUUUAGUGGCAUGGAGAAGCACUUCAUCCUUGGAGCUCCAGCAAUGUUAACGGAAUUGAUUGUUGUGCAUUCAUCUCAUGAAGAUGAUGAAUGUUCAGUGACUUGGGAUGGCAUCAAUAUUUUUUUGAA